AUGCCAUGCAGGUGUGUUCUCAUACUGUCUUUCUUCGACGGUACCGCCUUGACGCUCGUCUCCAUAGAGCGGCGCGCCGGGAUCUCCUUCAGUCAGUUUGACUCGUUCAAGACCGCAAUGCCUGUUCCCGACGGGCUCAUACCGCGGCCCCGCAGCAGGCCUAAAGCGCUGUACACCGGAGCCGGUUGUCUCAAGAGACAAAUGCGCAUGAGUUCUAAGAAGUUCGCCCGCUUUCGGGACCUGAUGCAUCGCUCCUUAGUUCGGCACCUCGACGUCAGAGGAAAAUACCUGGAACAGAACAGAGACUGCCUCGCGCGGCAUUACGCGGAGGUGGCGCGGACGUGGAAGGACGCCCACAAGUACGAAGGGAAAUGGCCAAUCCAUAUGUACACGGUCUAUUGGUACAGAGACCUUUCAGAGACGGACUCCGGCUCAGACUUCACUCUGGACUCGGACGAUGACAAUCAGCGCAACUCUGCGCGGAGGAGCAAGAUGCGCGUCGAUAAGCCUCAUUCGAAAGGCUCGGCGCGGUCCACACCGGCACAGGACGCCGGUGGGGGUCAGGUCGAGCCUCACACGCAGUCACGAACCGCUUCUGCAUAUAAUUCCGCCUCCUACGUGCAGCCUCGUCCCGGGCCCAGUCAGUCCUCACGAAGCAACACUCAGGCAUCACACGCAGCUGCCCCUCACCACCCAUCGGACCGCCGGGAACCCCAAGUUCCAGCCAAGCCCAACGACGGGUUCGCUGCCAUCCUCCGCCUCCUCUGCUCGCUGACGCCGUCCCUCGAGCACGUCGCCGAGCAGUGUAAAACGGCGGGUGUCAAGGACGCGGAGCGGCUGCGCGUGGUCGCGGGGUGGGAGACUAGGAAGCAGCGGAAGUGGCUGGUCCGGGAGUUGAUGGUGGAUCCGUUCGAGGCGGAGGUGCUUCACGAGGCGUUGGACGAGAUCAGGCGGGGCGUGAGGAAUGUGUGA